AUGACAGGUGUACUACAGAACAUUUUGACUGUCAUUAUAAUGGCAGACUUUGUUGCUGGAAAUUUUUCCAGUGUCUUAGUGUUGAGGAGAGUUAAUAGUUUAAUUGUAUUGAUAUUGUUGGGAACUUUGGUGCUAUUGCUUUCAAAUCUUGUGAUGAUACCUGUUACCAAGACAAUGAAGAUGAAAGAAUGUGAAGGAAAUAUGACUUGGAAGACAAAACUCAGUGAUGCUGAAGACCUUUUCUUUCUGCUGUUACUCUACUCCCUGUGCAAGCAACUAAGGAAGAUGCAGCUCCAUGGCAAAAGAUCCCAGGAUUCCCGCACCAAAAUCCAUGCAAAGGUUGUACAAAGUGUGGUCUCCUUUCUUUUGUUAUUUGUCGUAUAUUCCAUAUCUCCAAUAUUAACAAGCUGGAGUCUUCUUUGA